AUGAACUGGAUCGGUCUUGGGGAGGAGAGCAAGCUUGCGGCCGCGGCCGCCCACGGCGACGCCGACGUGGUCCUCGCUCUGCUUCAAGCCGGUGUGCCGCCGACCGCCAGCAAGCUCGGCUACUCGGCGCUCUUCAACGCUGCUUGGGGCAACAACAUCUCGAUCGUCGAAGCGCUCCUCGAGGCUGGCGCCGACGCCGACGCCGCGACCUGGUUUGGCGUCACGCCGCUCCUGGUGGCUGUCGGGAAAGGCCAUACGCGCGUUGUCGAGCUUCUCGCAGCUGCCAACGCGGACGUCAACAAGACGGACGUGUGGGGCGGAUCGGCCAUCUUCCGCGCCGCCGAGUGCGGCAACGCCGACAUGCUCUCGCUGCUCAUCGCUGCCAACGCGCACCUGGAUGCACCGGACAAGCACGGUCGAACGCCGCUGCUCGUCGCGGUCCUCCACGGAAACACCGACGUCGUCAAGCUCUUGGUCGCCGCCAACGCCGACUGCAAUUGCCCCACACGCGACGGCCUGUCGCCGCUGAUGCUGGCCCUGUCGGCGGGUCAGCUCGCGAUGGCGCAGCUCUUGAUCGAUGCGCGAGCAAACGUCCAGCAGACCAACCUCGUCGGCGACUCGGUGCUCUUUCAAGCCGUGCGCUCGGGCAACACGGCGAUGGUCGAGGUCGUGGUCGCUGCGGGGGCCAACGUCAACCACGCCAACCGGGAUGGUAUCUCGCCGCUCCUUCUCGCCGCCACGCAAGGCUACUCGGCCAUUGUCCGCGUCUUGCUGGCAGCCAACGCCCACGUGCACAGCUGCGACCAGCAUGGCACGUCUCCUCUGUUGGCGGCGGCCCACUUUGGCCACGAAGACGUCGUGCAGCAGCUCCUGGACGCAUCGGCGAGCUCGUAUCUGAGCAACAAGCUUGGCGAGUCGCCCGUCUACCUCGCUGCCAUGCACGGCCGCACUCGCAUCGUCACGUUGUUAUUGCAGUCGCAAGUCGACGUCAACCAAACAACCAACCUGGGCUACACGGCACUGCUGCAGGCAGCCGACAAGGGCUACAUCGAGAUCGUGCAGCAGCUUUUGGCCCACGGCGCCGACCCAAAUCUGUGCACACCGCUCGGCGACUCGGCCCUCCUCGCCGCCACCGAAAAGGGCAACGCGGGUAUCGUCCAGAGCCUCUUGCUUGCCGGCGCAGCCGUGAACCAGUGCAAUCACUUUGGCUCGGCGCUAACGUAUGCUUGCUUCUUGGCCACGCAGAUGUCGCCCACUGCCUCGUCGCGGCCGGCGCCGAUGUCAACCUCUGCGAUGCUGUGCCUUGGUAAUCGCCCAAUCGUCAAGGCCGUCCAGAUGGGCCACGUCGAUGUGCUGCUCAUCCUCUUGAACGCGGGUGCCGUUAUCGACGACGCACUCCUGGAAACGCUGGUGCGUGUGGCCAAAGCCAGAGGACACAGUCGCGUGCUGCACAUUCUGGCGCCCGAGGCUAUCGAGGUUGUCGUCAAGAGCUGUGACGAGACGACGCCGCUGGUCGAGUCGGCGGCCGCCAUCGCCUAGUGCGCCUUUGUAUUAAUUAUAAACAGGAUCAAUCCUGUGUUGGUAUGGUC